CUCCGACUCCCCCUCCACCCUGUUCGCUAGGAUUGACAGGACGCUUGCAGCAGCAGCCGGAAAGACGAAAGAAAAGAAACAAAAAAUAGAAUCGGGCGAAACUUGGAGGAUAUAGAGGGCUGGGAGGGGAAAGAAAGCGUUACGAAAAAUAUAUAUACACGUACAGAAAAAUACAAAUCUGCACCUUCAACCUCUGGCUCGCCGUUCCCCCCUCACGUGCGCGGCUGCUCCAGAUUCUGCUCGCGCACUGUGUGCUAACCGGAGCGCGCUCGCUCUCUCACAACCAAGAGUGCUCUGCUGAGAAACGACCGAGCCCGGUGCGAACCGACAGCCUUUGACCAGAGAGGAUGGCUGAUAGGGAGCAACUGAUCCAAAGAGCCCGUCUGGCGGAGCAGGCGGAGCGCUACGAUGAUAUGGCCUCCGCGAUGAAGCUGGUCACAGAGCUGAAUGAGCCAUUGUCCAAUGAAGACCGCAACCUGCUCUCUGUGGCCUACAAGAACGUGGUUGGGGCCCGGCGGUCAUCUUGGCGUGUCGUAUCCAGCAUAGAGCAGAAGACAGCGGCAGACGGCAACGAGAAGAAGCUGGAAAUGGUGCGUGUCUACCGAGAGACCAUCGAGAAGGAGCUGGAGUCUGUGUGCCAAGACGUUCUCACCCUGCUGGACCAGUACCUCAUCAAAAACUGUGACGAAACCCAGGUGGAGAGCAAGGUCUUCUACCUGAAGAUGAAGGGUGACUACUUCCGGUACCUGGCUGAGGUGGCCACCGGCGAAAAGAGGGCCUCCGCCGUCGAAUCGUCUGAAGGCGCCUACAAAGAGGCUUUCGAUAUUAGCAAGGGCAUGCCGGCCACCCAUCCCAUCCGCCUCGGCCUGGCACUCAACUUUUCCGUCUUCUACUACGAGAUUCAAAACGCGCCCGAGCAGGCCUGCCAGCUUGCCAAGGAAGCCUUUGAUGACGCCAUCGGCCACCUGGACAAUCUGAACGAGGACUCCUAUAAGGACUCCACUCUCAUCAUGCAGCUCCUGCGGGACAACCUCACCCUGUGGACCAGCGACCAGCAGGACAGCGAAGGAGGAGACGCCAAUAACUGAGAUCAGCCACUUCUAGCUGUAGUAGCACCCAUCUGUCCUCUUUGAAGCUGUAUCUUAUUUCUCUCUGUCUGCUCCUUCAUUCUCACUCUUUCUUCUGCAUUCCAGCUUUCCUGUCUCUUCGAGACACCUCAAUGCUCUUUUUUUGGUUCCUCAGGGCAGCACUUCAGACUCUUGAUUGAUCUCUCACCUCUUUUUACCCCUUUUCCACCAACAGGAAGCCGUUAACCGAACAGGAACCGUUCCACCGCAGAAAAGGCGGUUCUAAGAUGGAAAAAUGGCAUUGGGCUUUAAACCUGCUCGAUUCGAACCUGAAUAAUGUCACUUGUCCAAGUUUUCAAAACAAAUGCAAAAUGUGAAACAAAACUAUGCCCUUUCCAUUAUUAUAUAUAAAGCAUUCAGUUGAUGCAUAUUGUCAUUUUAUUCCUUAUACAUCACUUGUGAUGUGCUUUGUAUGUCAAAAUGCAUUGCAGUUCUUACUGCAACCAGUAAAAUGCAUAAGAAAAAAUAAACAGAAAUUUAUUAUUUACAAAUAUCAUACAUAAAAAUGGACUACUACCAUACAGUAAAUUUGAUAGCAAAAAUACAAUGAUUCAGAUUACUUUGGAUGUGCAGAUUUUUUCUUAAAAAUUCAUAAAAAAUGAAAUGAUUUUGAAAUUACUCACAAAUUGAAUGCUAGUUAUAUAUUAAUUGUAAUAUAAAGAUACGAACUGAAAUUCAUUUGGAUGUUUAAAUGUAUUCAUAGCAUAUUUAAUAUAUUUUUUCAUUAAAUAUUUCUCUUCAUGGCACUGAUUCAAAUGAUUUUGAAUGCUACUCUCAAAAUUUCUCAAAAUCAUCAAUCAUUGUUCAGCCCUCAAGCCAGUUCUGAGACCAUUUUGGUGCAAAAGGGGUAUUUAUCCACUCAUUUUCUCUGUUUUCCAAUCUAUUCCUCUCUUCCUGUCCUUGACCUCUUUUUCUGUAUACAGAUCUCUCCUUUCUUCCCACAGCAAGUUGCUGAUAGCCUGCUGGUCUCCAUGUGACAUUUAUUUAGUGUGUACUUGUAAGGACUCGAUCUUCGUAGAAACUCUGUAACACUUAUUACAGGAUGAGACCUAGAGUAUGUGGCACAGUAUAGUGCUAAUGUUCCACCUUAUUAUGUUGUUCUUCUUCUUCACUCGUCUUUGACCUGUAGCUCCAUCACUGCUUAGAUGUGUUUGUCUGUCGUUCCCUCAAGCUCACCUUGUACACCUCGCUAGGCUUGUGAAUUGUCUGUAUCUGCUGAUCUCACAACAGUACGUUGUCAUCCAAAAUGUGGGCGGCACUCUGUUAUGAGACACGGUGAUCAAAAGUCUUUUGAGUAGGAUUACAUAUGCAAGGUUAUGUAAGAAUGACAUUAAAGACAUUGCUUAUCAUGGGAA